CUCGAAGAACAUCAUGACAUUCGCGAGGAGGACUCGGCAACGAUCGCCAGUUCCUUGCUGGAGCCACCGUCACCCAGCACCUCGCUGUCACGUCCUUGCUCCCGCACCGCAGACAGCGCACAACACGCCAGCAACUCCUGCGGCCGCCCCGAUCCCGGAGCGGGCGCUACAUCGCUCCGGCGACACAGACCCCGGCCGCUGCAUCCCUCCCGCAUGUCCCGCCCGGGCACCCGCGGCCAGGCAGCGGCUCGCAGCAACUUCGAAUCUCCACUGAUGCACGAAGUCCCAGAGCGCCAAGGCAGCAGCACAGACAGUUCUGCAAGCAGUUUGGGAAGCUCUGUCACAGCAUGUAAGAAGAUUCUCUGCAGUAACAGUCUGCUAGAAUCAACAGACUACUGGCUGCAGAAUCAGAGGACACCAUGCCAGAUUGGCUUUCUAGAAGACAAGUCGGAAAGCAACUGUGCCUCAGUUUGUUUUGUGAAUUUAGAUGCCAACAGAGAUGAUUGCAGCAAUGAGCAAGUGAAACAGAAGUUGAUCAGCGUCUCACCAAACCUCCCUAAACUCAUCAGUUCGAUGAACGUGCAGCCACCAAAGGAAAAUGAAAUAGUCCUGCUGAGUGGAUUAGCAUCAGGAAACCUGCAGGCCGAUUACCAGGUUCCCCAGUGUCCUUGGAUGGCAGAUGUCUGCUUGGUUCAGUGUGCAAGGGGGGACAGGAGAAACAGCGCAAGCUGCAUCAUUUUUGAAAUAAACAAGUUUCUGAUUGGACUUGAGCUCGUUCAGGAGAGGCAGCUGCAGACAGAAACCCGUGUCUUAAAGCCAGAGGAUGACACAAACUGCUCCGUGUCCUCAAUAGAAGAAGAUUUUCUCACGGCAUCAGAGCACCUCGAGGAUGACAACGAGGCUGAUGAAUACAAAGCUGGUCAUGAAAAAGUAAAUGUUCCAGAAGCAUCUUCAGAUGUCAAAAAAAAUAAAGGAAAGGGAUUUGAAAAUAUUCACUACAGAAAAGCCAGGUUGCCAUUCAUCCUUGAAGGGAAUUGCAUGAAUAAAGAUAAUGGAGCUACUCAGGUCUCUGAAGCUGUGAAUGUUGUGGCUGAAGAUGGCCUCUUACAACCUGAAGAUAAGUCAGACCAGGAAGUACUGUGGCAGAAGGAAUUAGCUGAAAAAGCUACUUCAUCAUUUAGUACUACUAAUUUGACUGGUGAGGUUGAAAGUUCUUGCCCAGCCCUCAUGUUAGAAGAUGUAUCUUUGACCAAAAUGGCUAAAGAGGAGCCGGAGCCUGUGCGUGACCCAACAACAAAACACAACAGUGAGACAGAUGGGGAAGACUCUGCAGGUAUCAGGAAGACUGAUCCUCCCUCACAAAAUGAGCAGGGGACCACGGGUCAGUACGCCACAAAUUUGGCAGAAUCUGUUCUGCAGGAUGCAUUCAUUAGACUGUCACAGUCUCGACCCAGUUUCAGCGAGGAGGCUGCAGUCAGCAUCUCCGUAGGAAGCUCCUGUAAGUCAGAAGAUGUAUCUGCUUCCCGGUCAUGGAACGAACUUCCAAAGAUUGUCAUAGUGCAGAGUCCAGACAGUUCUGAGAACAUUCCUGACUGGCCAGGGUCUGCCUUCCCCAGCCUGUGCCACUGGACCGAGUCAGAAAGCUCUGCUGAAGUUUCGGAUUACUUGGAGGAAGAACACGCGAACGGACACGACCAAAGUGCGCUGGAAGUGGCUCUGGCUUGUGCAGCCACUGUCAUUGGAACCAUUUCCAGUCCCCAGGCUGCGGAAAAAUUCAGGCGGGACCAAGAAGUCGCAGACUGCAGGAGCAGAGCGGUUGUAGAUGAAGAGGUGCACGCAGCACCUUCACAGCUACCUGAUGACUCUGCUGACGCAGAAUAUUCCUUUCCAUCUGCGCUGUGUGGCAUGACUCAAGUAGCAAGCGCUGUGGCCAUCUGUGGUCUGGGAGAAACGAAGGAGGAGAAGUACCCUGUGACCUCAAGUGGACUUCUGUCUGCUGCUCAGGCCUCUGCAGCCAUUACUCUGCACUGCAGCAUAGCUAUAGGAAGCAGCAUGGACAAGCUAAAUGAGAGCAUUGCAGAGGCGCUUCUCAAAGAGGCGUCCGUCAUUUUGACCAAACCCAACACGUACAAAAAUGUAGGGCAUUUUAUGGAAUCCAUAAAUGGGAAAAUUAUUGAAACAGCGACGAGGCCGCGUGUUCCGCGCGCUGAUGAGGUAAUCAGGGAUGAACUCGCGCAAAACUUGUCCAAUAUUAUCCUACGGCAUUCUAUGGAAGAGGUCAGGAAGAAGAGGCAGCUGCAUCCCCGUUCAGAAAACAGCUCAAGUACACAAGACAUUUUCACAGAGACGGCAAACGAGUUGCUUUUUAAUAUAAUAUAUUUCACUUGCAAGAAGAUGAGCGACAUAAGGCAGGUGGAAGAGUGUUCCCCUCUCUUUUCCGAGGGCAGAAAAGCGGAGAAGGUAACGAGAGCAGAAGGAUGGUCAACACCAGCAACAGCACGUGAAACUUCCCACAGCCCCCUUGAUCACUCUGCUGCUAAGCCAUUGGGUACAUCCUACAGCACCAGUACUAGCAAAGAUCUUGGAAGUGUCACAACCACUUGGAAAAGUAAUAUGAAAGACGUAAAUAGCAAUGAAGGGGCCACGCUGAGCUCAGAACCAAGUGGAGAUACGGAGGAUAACACACCUGAUGGAAAAACAUCUCCCAAGAAGAGAUACCUGAAAAGAACUGCACGAGACUGUUACAAGUCGCCAAAUCGGAGCAACAGUCAGCAUCAGAGGAAAGAUUACAGAUCAUUUUCGGACAGAGAAAAUACCUUUGCAAGCAACGAAUGCAGACACGGUGUUCAAGAACAGCUGUCUUCCAGUGCCACCACGAAUGCAGAAAACCAAGCCAAGCAUAAGUGUGAUUCUGUGCUGAAUAAUGAUGUCCAGCUUAGCUUGUCUUUAUUAGGAAACCAUGUCUUGCUUCCUUCUCAGCCUGUGCUACAGGUGAAAAAUUCAAGAGACAAAUAUUGCAUAGCAGAUUUUGCAGAAGAAUUGGCAGAAACAGUUGUCUCUAUGGCAACAGAAAUAGCUGCCAUUUGUCUAGAGAAUUCAAAUGGAAAGCAACCCUGGUUCUGUGCAUGGAAGAGAGGCAAUGAAUAUCUAGUGACCCAGAGUUUGUCAUGCAGAACCAUGAAAAGGAAAAAGGAAAGCCACACUAAUGGUUCGGUGGUUCGGAAGCACAGGGCGCCUCGACUAAGUGAGAUCAAAAGAAAAACAGAUGAGCAUCCUGAGCUAAAGGAAAAACUGAUGAAUCGGGUAGUAGAUGAAUCUAUAAACCUUGAGGACACACCUGAUUCAGUCAACAUCUUUGCAAAUGAAGUGGCUGCCAAGAUCAUGAACCUCACCGAACUCUCCAUGGUUGACAGCAUCUGGCAAGGUCCAAACCACCCCAGGAACAGACUGCACUGUGAAAGAUGGAGCCGAGCCAAGGCCUCAAGCUGUGAGAGCAUUCCAGAGGAGGACUCAGAUUCCAAAGCCUCUUUCCAUACCUUAGGCCUCAUGAACAGCUUUGGUCAGUCUUUGAGCCAGACAAGUUCUGUCUCAAAGCAGUCUAGCUGUGAAAGCAUUACAGAUGAAUUUUCCAGAUUUAUGGUGAACCAGAUGGAAAACGAAGGGAGAGGCUUUGAUUUGCUACUGGAUUACUACGCGGGAAAAAAUGCCAACAAUAUCUUGACUUCUGCUUUGCAACAGGUAGCCAAGAAAAAUGGCCAUCUGAACGUACGACCGAGCUGCCCGUCCAAACAGUCCAGCACGGAGAGUAUAACAGAAGAAUUUUACAGGUACAUGCUCAGAGAAAUCGAAAGGGAAAACAAAGAUAACCUGUCCUCCCCUCGGAAUUCAAAGGACUGGUGUGACAGUUUGCUACCACCCUCUCUACGGUCACCUUUUUGCUUCAGGCAGUCGUCGAUGCCUGACAGCAGAUCGUCAGGCUCCAGGCUUACGGUUAACGUCCCAGUCAAGGCGAAUUCCUUAGAUGGAUUUGCCCACCAUCGCCAGGACUCCUUAAGCGUGCAGCCAGCCAGUACUGUGGCCUCUUCAGGCCUUUGCAAGUCUGACUCGUGCCUGUACCAAAGAUGCAAGACCGACCAGAUAACAGACAUGUUGAUUCACGAGACGUGGGCGAGCUCCAUCGAAUCUCUGAUGCGGAAGAACAAAAUCAUAGCAGAUGAGGCAGAGGCUGCAGAGGCAGAGCAGUUCUACAGCGAUUCCCCGCCGCACGUGGAACAAUACGCAAAAAGACUGGCUGCAAAUAUUGUUGAAAGCGGUAAGAGUUUAAUUGUUGUCCAGCAGGAUUCCUGCGACUACACCAGCCGAGAGCAGGGGCCGGAAAGCAAACACCCCCAAAGCACAGCUCAGAUACAGUCAAAACCCAAAACGGAUGAAGUGAGUUUGGAUGAGAAAAAAGAGCAGGUGAAGAGCCCUGGGAGCCUCCCUGCAGGCCAGCACAGGGAAGUGCCUUUAAUUCAGAUAGAAACGGAUCAACGGGAUGAGCCACACAAAGACUCAGAGUCCUUAACUUCCCGUGGCCCCUCCGGAAAGGAGCAUCGAAGCAAAGAAAAGCCUCCAGAAGCUCUGGAUGGAAAACACACCGUUUCCAGUUCCCCAGCAAACAGCAACAGCCCUCAGAGCAGAUCGGAUGCUGAAAUCAUAGGAGAGACAAAAACAGCUGAAGAAUUCCCAAACCAUCUCAGCAGCAGUGAAGAAAGCACUGGCAGCUGGUCCCAGCUAGCUAAUGAUGAGGACAACCCUGACGACACAAGCAGCUACCUGCAACUGAGCGAGCGAUCCAUGAGCAAUGGCAACAGCAGUACAACUAGCAGUCUUGGCAUUAUGGACCUGGAAAUUUAUCAGGAGAACGUGCCAUCUUCUCCUAUGAUUAAUGAAUUAGUAGAAGAAAAGGUUUUCCUUAAAGAACAGACAGAAAAUACGGACGAAAGUACUUCUGAGCUUUCAGUGGGAACAGCCAACUGCCAAAAGGACCUGUUGGUGAUAAACUUUGAUCUGGAACCAGAGUGCCCCGAUGUGGAGCUGCGAGCCACCCUGCAGUGGAUAGCUGCUUCUGAGCUGGGAAUCCCAACCAUCUAUUUUAAGAAAUCUCAGGAAAACAGAAUCGAAAAGUUUUUGGAUGUUGUGCAGCUGGUUCAGCGCAAGUCGUGGAAGGUGGGGGAUAUUUUCCACGCCGUGGUGCAGUACUGCAAGCUCAGCGAGGAGGGCAGGGAGGUGACACCGAGCCUGUUCGACUGGCUCCUAGAGCUGGGUUAAGAAAGUUCGCCCGUCCAGCAUUUCUGUUUUAUUCCAGUUUAAACAAGCAGUGGUUUGUGUAACGCUCUGAUUUCUGAACAUCACCGAGUCAAACGUGCAAAGACACACCAACUCUACAAACACAGCACUGUUCCACGACUGACCAAGGAGCAAAGUGAAGCCAAGCUGUUGUUGCGUCUUUCUGUGUCGUGAGGGACUCCUGGCAUUGUGCUAUGGGAUGUACUGUACUAGGAGGGGAUGGAUUUUUAGCCUUCUGGAUUAAUGGACUACACAGUAAAGGCUUAAUUACCUAAUACGUUCAAUUUUCAUCAAAUCGAUUAAAUCAAUCAGCUAAAAAUGUACACUAAUGUUCAGUUUUGAAACAACACUGAUAUUUGUACAGUUUAACUAUCAGAACCAGAGUGUGUUUCAGGAUGCCUGGAAACACCCUUGUCUCUAGAUAACUGAUAUUUAUGUUGGUUUGGGGUUUUUUUUAAAUCCCCAUAGUCUGCUAGGGGACAAACGCUUUUGAACACCUAACACCUUUGCAGUUAGAUAACACAGUAAAAAGCUGCUGAAAACACAUUUUAGUUUGUUUGUUGGGUUUUUUUCCACGUGAUUGUUUCUCUUCCAUAGCUAUUCCUGAUUCCUGUAAUCUUCCCAAAGAAACAAAGUCGAGUCUCUCAGUUGCUAUCCUUAAAAAAAUCUCAUCCCUUUUCCCUGGAAGCAGUGCAGUUAUGCCAGGGCAGCGGGGGUACAAGCCCUGUCCUGCCACAGAUCUGCUGCGUGACCGUGGGCGACUCAUUUCACCUCUGUGCCUCAGUGUCCCUGCCUGGUAAAGGGCAAUAACGACAGUACAGCUGUUACCUACAGUGCUUCUGUUUAAAGCACUGUGUAACAUUCUACAUAUCAGCUAAAAGCAGUGAAAAAAAAAUACUGUUUUGAUUUUAGUGUAAUCAAAUACGUUGUUGAUGAGGUGAAGAAAUGCACAUCUGAGGAGAGUAACCAUCUCACCCUAGAAAUCUUAAUGUUAAAUUUUUUUUUUUUUUGUAACUUACAAGAAAGCAGAAUGUUUGUAAAAAUUUCAGCAGACAUGCGUGUUCAUUUUGGAUAUAAGUGUUUGGACUACAUGUGAUAGUUCACGUUACUAUGACAUUUAUAUAACUGUUUGAUAAGAUGUACUAUGGUAUUGUCUUGUUGAGAUGAUCUGUUGGUACCAUGCACUUGAUACAUUCUCUCGACUCUGCCAAAGAGGUUGGUUUUGAAUUUAAAGGUAAAAAUAACUUAUGACACCACAGCUCUUCUGCAGUUUGUUUCUUUGAAAAUACUCAUCUUUCAUCCCUCCUACCCAAACAGCAUAAUAGAAUACCUGCCUGCUUUUCCCCAAAAAAUAUAUUUAAGAGAAGUUUUAUUUUCCGUAUAACAGUAUAUGCUUCUGUAAUAUUUCCUGAGAAAGAAAACCUAUCCUUUUGCACUAAAUAUUUUUGAAAAGUUUGAAGUAGUUUUAAAUAAUUUAUGAAAAAGAGCCAUAUUCUCGAUUUUAUCUUUAAAACCAUUCCAAAACUUGCAUGACUUGCAUCACUUCUUUGUUACAAAAUACAAAUUGUUGGUGAACCAAAAUCUGAUGUGGAGCAUUAAACAACAUGAGUGAUUCUCCAUCUACUCUGCAGCAUAAACAGAACAGUGGAGGUUGCUUUACUGUCUGUAAAGGUCAGCUUAUUGCAAACACUGAACACAACUGUGCAGUCACUGGACCAGCUCCCAGGAAUUGCUGAACAUCCAUAACUCCCACUAAACGUGAGUGGCAACUCUGAAUGCUCAGCACUUCUGAGGCUGAGAGCGAAUAAAAAGCACCGAGAAUUAUAAAGUGCUUUGUUUGAGUCAGUAAAUGGGAAAAUGUAUUUAUUUUUAAACCAAAUACAGUUAGUUGUCAGUAAAAUUUUUUGCUGUGAUAGAAUAAAUGUUUACUUAUCCUACAAAGCACAAAUAUCAUGACAGUUGUAACAGUGUGAUGCAGUUUCUCUGUACAGUAGUUCUUAAUGUUGCAAUUUAUUCAGAAAUAAAUUUAUGUUAUAAUGUG